AUGGCCAAAUCCGCAAGACGAUCAGCCAAGGGUAAAGCCCCGGCUACCUCUAUACAAUCCUCCGGGAGUUCAACCCCCAGCUCCCAAUCCGGACCGCUCCCGCCAUUUACGCUGGCGCCAGAACGCUUGACGCCAUUCCUCAAGCUCCUCUCCCCGAAGGAGGUAUAUCUCGUGCACAUCGACUCCUCCGCGCUCGACCUCAAGACACAAACCUUCAUCAUCCCCGCCGUAACUAACGCCCUCAUUAUCGCCCUCAUCGCCUACCGCGUCUACGUAGGUCGGACAAUGUACCCCGAGCUCCUGGCCACCGUCCUCGGCCUCACAAGCUCCACGAACCUCGACACCUCGUCCUUCUCCUUUGCCGAGCUGGCCACCCUCAUCCUCCGCCGCGCCCUCCCAGUCCUAUUCGACUACUUCUUGGUGGUCACCUUCCUCCCCUGGCCGCUCCAUUUCUUCAAUGGCCCCCUCCAAUGGCGGCGCCGCGUCGGCUUCUGCAACGCAGAAAUCAUCGUCCGCCGCAGCCAGUCCGCGCUAAGCGAGACCCUCGAGCGCAACCGCUGGAUCCGCGAAGACGAAGAAAUGCGCGAUAAGAUCGUCGCAGCAGUGACACCCGACCGCCUUGCUAAGACAGGCUACCUUCUAGUCGACGCAGACUGGGACCUAGACUACGACGCCAUGAUCAAGGCUCACGAGCUCGCCGACACCAAGAACCCUAACUCACUACCCCUCGACGAGUUCCGCACCGCUGUUCUUGUUAACACAGACACUGAUGGGUGGAUCAUCUGGCAUGUCGGCGACGAAGAUACCGAGGAGGGACGCACCCGCUCUAAGCAGCGCGAUCAGAUCCUCGCCUUUAAGGACAAACUCAGUGACAUGGGUCAUGAGGAGCUCUUCUUCCGGUGGGUUGAGCUUAUUCAGUUUGAGAGUACGCAGCCUGGCGGGUUCACUCCGGAAAGACAGGCCAGCGCGAUGGUGCAGGCGAAGCAGUUGUUCGAGGAUGCCGGGGUAGACUUUACGCGGUUCUGGCAGGAAGUCGGCGGGAUGGAGGGCUUUGGGGAUGCGGAUGGGGAGAUCGUGGAUGUGGAUAAGUAUGCGGAUCAGUUGGACUGA